AUGGACGACGACAACAAACUCUACGGCCCGAGCCAGCUGCGGGUGUUCCAAACACAAUUGGCGCUCUCGCUCACGAUCGGAGUGUUCACGUUUGUCCUCUUCUGUUUCUUGCGGCGGAAAUGGCCACACAUGUAUGCGGUCAGAACGCUACGCAAACCGCUGAUCCAACAGCAUUCUCUUCCCAAUAACUUGUUCAGCUGGAUCAUGGCGGUCUUGGCCAUAUCCGAUGAGGACGUUUUGGAGUUGUCUGGCCUAGACGCGUAUGUGGUGUUGGCCUUCUUUAAGAUGGGCAUCACUGUAUUCUUCCUCUUACUGAUCCUCGCCAUGUUUGUGCUCAGUCCCAUUAGAUAUUACUUCACGGGGAAUUACGAUAAAGAUAGCAUUCCAUGGCGUGUUUUGGCCAGCUUGGAAUCGCUUCUGGGCUCUGGAAAGCCUCCUCUUGAUGAGGACUUUCCCAGGUACCUAUGGGUGUACCCUGUGUUCACCUACCUCUUUUCCAUCAUUGCCUAUGUCAAAUUGUUUCAUUAUACCAAAAUCAUUAUUCGUACGAGACAGAAGUAUUUGGCAUCCCAAAACUCGAUCACGGAUCGAACCAUUAAGCUAGAGGGCAUCCCCAGAAAGUUGGUCAAGCGCAACGACCCAACUGUUUUGAAGAACUUCAUUGAAGAUUUGGGCAUAGGUCGCGUUGUGGAUGUGAAGCUCAACUACGAUUGGACACCUCUUGAAACUCUCUUUGACAAAAGAAAUGAUCUCAUAUCGAAUUUGGAGAAGCUAUAUUCUCAAUUCUUCGAAUUGAAAAUCGAUUUGUACAACGAACAUAAACUACCCAGAGUGGUACCAAUUAAUCCCCAAGACCUGCUAUCGUCUCCUACUCCAUCCAAGCGGCGCUUAAAGAGGAGGAUAGACUCAUUGUCGCAAGAGCUAGCUGGGUUGGACUCUCAGAUCAGAGCGAUCCAGUGCAAGUAUGACCCUAGACUGUCCACAUUUCCUGUCGGCGAGGAUUCCGAUAUUAAAACUCUCCCGUCCGCGUUCAUUACUAUGGAUUCCGUAGCAUCUGCCCAAAUGGCUGCCCAAACAGUCUUAGAUCCAAGAGUUUACAAGCUUUUGGUCACUUUGGCGCCCGCCGCGAAAGACAUCAACUGGGAGAACCUCAAUCUUUCGUAUUACGAAAAAGUUACAAAAUCUUACAUGAUCACUUUUGUGAUCAUUCUUAGUUACUCUGUGAUUUUUUUUCUCGUGACCUCCUUGUCGUCUUUGCUUGACUUAAAAACCAUUACCAAAUUUUGGCCUGCUCUUGGCCAUAUGAUUGCCAAGUCCAAAUGGUUGAGUACUUUUGUCACUGGUAUUUUACCAACCCUUGUCUUCUCCGCCAUGAACGUUUCGCUUCCCUACUUGUACAGGAGCCUUUCUUUGGCUCAGGGAUAUCCUCUGUCAAGUGAAGUCGAAUUGUCGUCGCUACUGAAGAACUUUUUCUUCAUUUUCUUCAUUUUGUUCUUAGUGUUCACUAUCACCGGUACAUUAUGGGACUAUUUCACAUCGAUAGGAGACACGACAAAAUUUGCUUCACAACUUGCUAGCUCUCUCAAGAAGCUUUCAUUGUUUUAUGUGGACUAUAUUAUCCUUCAGGGCCUUGCAAUGUUCCCGGUGAAACUCCUACAAAUUGGAGAUUUUGUCAUCUUGAAUAUUGUUGCGAAGCUCUUCUUCUUCAAGAAUUUCUUCUUCAGAACGCCUCGUGAUUAUCGUUUCUUCUACUAUACCCCUCCUAUGUUUGACUUUGGGCUUCAACUUCCACAACACAUUUUGAUCUUCAUCAUCAUUUUGAUUUACUCUGUCGUCUCCACCAAGAUUGUUGCUAGCGGGCUAGUAUAUUUCUUGUUGGGUUAUUUCGUUUACAAGUAUCAAUUGAUAUUCAGUUUUGUCCACGCUCCCCACUCUACUGGGAAAGUUUGGCCAAUGAUUUUCAGGAGGUUGAUUUUUGGAAUAGUCAUUUUCCAGCUCUUCAUGUGUGGAACCUUGGCUUUGGAGGGUGCAAUAUUAUUGUCGAUUCUCUGCACGCCGUUGUUUUUGGUAACACUUGUAGUUGCAUGGAAUUUUGAACGUUUCUAUGUACCUCUACACAGUUUUAUAGCCUUGAGGGCAAUUUUAAAUCCCACAAACUACGAGAAAGAAUUUGAUGAUGACUUGCUGCUGUCUCCUGCCUCAAACAGCAUGAUUAAUGCUAGCACAGACAGCUUGACUGGUACAAGCUCCCAGCGGCAACAGGAAACCGUGUUGAAUGAUGGAGAAUCAAUCGGGAGCUCAGCCUCUGAACUGUCUUUGUUGUUAGAAGGAGAUCAUUCCAUUGUCCAUUCUCUGGAUCAAUCGGGUCAUCAUAGCCGUAAAUUCUCGACUAUAGAUGAAGAGAGAGAACAGUUUACUGACUAUACAUAUCCAAGGUUAAUAGACCCUCUCGAUGGGCCGUGGAUUGGCUUUGAGGGAAACUACAUCUCGAUGGUGGAGAACAAAAAUGACGUCAAACCGUUAUUACAAGAAGACUUGGAGAACGCGGAAUCCAGAGGAUCUCCGGUAAAUUCUGUCUCCAGCGAUAAUUUUAUUUUACGAAAGCACAUUCGUGUUUCAGAGUGGGAGUAG